AUGGCCGCCCUCGCCUUGCUCCUCUUGGCGUCUGCGCCCGCAGCCCUAGCCCAGACAUUUCAGAGACUCGGCGCGUGCCCUGACCUGGGCUGCGUCUUCCCCCCUGACCAGGCCCAUUUCCUACCGGGCCAGAACUUUGACAUCCGCGUCGAAAUCCACGCUCCCGUCAACGGCACUGAGGCCUUCAACGAUGGUGUCCCGGACCCGGAGUUUUCCAUCUCUAUCGCAAGCAACAGCUACCCUGAUGGAAAGCCCGUGACAGAGUUCUUUGGGAUUGAGGAGCCGGGGCUUGAGACGUGGACGUUCUCGUGGUACGAGGACCUGUUUGCCCAAGACGCCAGGAACCAAUCCGUCGUCAACGUCGUGUCCAAAGCAUAUCGUCAUUUGGCGCUUUAUGAGCCAGGAAACUACACUGUGGAGCUGAGCUACUAUAACGGUACCAAGAAGACGUUGGCGGAAUGGUUUGUGCGGCCGCUCGCCGAGGAGAAGAAGGCGAAGAAUGUUAUCCUCUUCAUCGGCGACGGAAUGACGACGAACAUGAUCACGGCGGCACGCCUUUUGGGUCACAAAAGCAUCAAUGGAAAGUACCAGUCGCGAAUGCAGAUGGAUCAGUUUCCCAUCUUGGGACACCAGAUGACGCAUUCCGUAGACAGCUUCAUCACAGACAGCGCCAACUCGGCCUCGGCCCUUUACUCCGGACACAAGGGCACUUCAGACUCCAUGGGCGUUUACUCCGAUUCAUCAGCUGAUGAUUUCGACGAUCCCAAGGUUGAGACGAUCGUGGAAAUGGUGGUUCGGGUCUGGGGAUCCGCUUGGGGAGCCGUUACCACAGCCGCUCUCGACGACGCUACACCGGCUGCGUUGACUGGCCACAGCAGAUCCAGAUCUAACGCCGGGUCGCUCGUCGACCAGGCACUCAACGGAAUGACCAACUACUCCUGGAGCAGCCACCCUGGGCCUGAUGUCUACUUUGGCGGCGGCGCUUCAACUUUCCUCCCAGGCCCAUCCUCGUACCAGGGCAAGGACUACUACGAAGAGUUUCGUAAGCAGGGCUACUCCGUGAGCUGGAACGCCACGUCCCUUCGCGACGCCCCGAUCGACUCUCCUGCCCUGGGCGUUUUCUCUACUUCCCACUUACCUGUUUGGCUCGACCGGAUGAUUUUCACGGAGAACAUUGCUGAGCUCGGAACGCAUCCCUCUGGUGAUGGAUCUGCACCGCUGGACCUGCCGGGUCUGAAGGAUAUGACCCUCAAGGCCGUCGAUAUCCUCCUCGAGCGCAGUAAUGAUGCAGGUUUCUUCCUCAUGUCCGAGGGGGCCUCGAUCGACAAGCAGAUGCACGCGCUGGACUACGACCGAGCCCUUGGGGACCGUCUCGAGUUUGACGACACUAUCCGCGCGACCAUCAAGAAGCUCAAGGAUGCUGGUGAGCUUGAGGACACGCUCAUAGUCGUGACCGCAGACCACGGCCAUGGCUUUGACGUCUUCGGCGUAGCCGACACCAAGUACCUCGCCGCCCAGGACACGGACCGCAAGAAGCGCGACGCCAUCGGCAUCUACGAGCGCUCCGGCCUCUCGCAGUACACCGUCACACGCCCGGACGGCAUCGAGUACGGUACUGGCCCGAACUUCCCACUAAACUGGAGCCCUCGGUAUGCCAUCGCGCCCGGCUUCGGUGCAAACCCCGACCGCAGGGAGAACUACCGCCUGCACGAGUCGCCUCGUCGGGUGGUGGUGAACGACGAAGAGGACGGGUACAUUGCGAACCCAGAGGACGGAGAGGAUGGGUUCUAUGUCCCAGGGACGAUUCCCAUUUCCUCUUCGUCUGGCGUGCAUUCUCUGACGGACGUCCCAGUCUUUGCCAUGGGCCCGUGUCAAGAAACGUUUGCAGGUGUGUACGACAACACGGAUGUCUUUUUCAAGAUUGCCUCAUGUCUCGGGCUCGGCCAGUCUUCCGCGAUUCCUCGGAGAAAGUAA